UCUCGAGUAGAACAUGAAGUACUAUUUCGUAACGUAAUGGAACGUUGUUUCCCUGUGACGUCACAAGUGCACGAUAGGAACGGUUUGUCAUUUUGUGCCAAUAAACGAUCAGGUUGUGUUGCCCUGAAACGGGCCCUAAGGCACAAUGCACUAUUCUAGGUCACUGAGAACGUGUAGACACCACCACUACUGAAAACUUUCACACUAGCUCCCGAUAACAUACGACACCAUGUGGUUUGGAAGUAAAUCCGACCCAGAGCCGAUGAUCGAGAAGAUUCGAGACGAUGUUCGUCUGAGGAAGAAGCAGGGUGAGGGAGACUUCGCGCCGUGUAAGCGCGUGCAGGGGCUGGUGGCGGAGGGGUACGAGAUCGGAGAGGUCAUCGGAGAGGGGCAGUUCUCCAAGGUGCGGGUAGCCUACUGCCCCAAGAUGAGAAAGAAAGUCGCGGUCAAGGUCAUCUCUAAGAGGAAGGCCCCAAAGGAUUACCUCCGUGACUUUGCGCCCAGAGAGGUCUCCAUACUCCAGCACCUUAACCACAUUUAUAUGAUUGACAUCUACCGGGCCCUGGAGGACAAGCGCAGUGUGUACCUGGUGAUGGAAUAUGCCGCCAACGGAGACCUGCAUGACUACAUCAACACGAAAGGCCAUCUGGAUGAGGCGGAGUCCCGUGCGUUGUUCCGUCAGCUGAUCGAGGCCGUGGCGUACCUACACAGGGCCCGGGUCGUGCACAGGGACAUCCGGCCCGAGAACUGUCUGUUAGCCGAGGGGAACCAGCUCAAACUAGCAGACUUUGGCUUUGCUCGAUGGAAUCGGAACAAAGAUUUCCUGACCACGUAUAGCGGUUGCUAUGGUUACGCCGCCCCGGAAGUAAUAGAGGGCGAGGCUUACGACGGAGAGAAAGCAGACGUGUGGAGCAUGGGUGCCACACUGUUUGCCAUGCUGAACGGACGAGAACCCUUCCCAGACUCGGGAGAUAUCGGCAUCCUACUCAAUUCCAUGGCAGAAAAACUCCGGUUCCAUCAGAAGACUUCAAAAGAAGCGCGAGUUUUCGUACGGACUAUGAUGAGCCUGGAUCCCGACGACCGCCCAAACUCAGUCGACCUGCGCAAAGACGUCUGGAUACAGAAGCCUUGUCAAGUCACAGACACCUACUCAGAAAGCUCCGUCACAUCAAGUGUCUGGAAGGCUGACCUUGACUUAAACCAGGAACACGGACUAUCUGCUGGUCAGCACGGCUUUGAAGUCCCGCCCAAGACCGUGACCAAACUUCUCAAGUCUGUGGCGCUCAACAGCAUUGAUGACGACGAGACUUUGGUUCGGGUAAAAAAGGGGGUGGCGAGGAUCAACUCCCACGCGAUCGGGAUCAGUGGUCCCGCCGCCAGGAGAGUCAGUGUCGCCCUCACCAGUAACGUGGAUGUGAGCAAGAUUCCUGUCAAAGGUUCCGCCUCCGGCCAAUCUCUCGGGCGCAGGAUGAGCUCGAUGUUACGGCGUUCCUCUAGCGUUUUGCGCUCGGGCUCCCAAGUCCAACUCCCCGGCUGGGAAAUCAUGGACGCCAUGGUAAAACAGCGCCAGGAGGAGAUGGAGAGGGACAUGAAGAGGGUACACACCAGUUUCGGGGCACACUUCGCCGCUGCCGCCGGCAAGGCCAGGAGACAGAGCAUCGCCGCCGACCGGUUCGAGUCGGAGUACGUACAGGUACUACACGACAGUAUCUAUGAGAAAACCGGCUACGUCGUUGGAUCAGCGCACAAGAAAAUGGAGCGGCUACGUGGAAAGCUGGAGAAGUUGGCUGCAGUGGAAGAGACCCCUAGCGAGGGGUGCUGAGAUCGCACCGUCUACAAUAGCUAACUUCAUCUUAAACCAGUCCUGUUGAUAACCCAGUCCUACUGGCUUUUCAGUACUGUGUUGGUGCUCGCAAAAAAAUGCAAUUGUUUACACGUACAUGGAAGUCAAAGGAUGACAAAAACUACAUGCGUAAUUUUAAUGGUAUCUUUACUGAAUGAAAAACUGCAAAUGUUGAAUAAACAGAUAUAGCACAGUA